UUAUCCAAUUCAUUUAUUAUAUAGACAAGAAAAGAAAGGGAGGGCUAAACUAACGCCAUUGUUCAUGUCUUUCGAUCUCAUACUAGCUAUAAUGCUAAAAUAAUUGAUAUCUAAACUUCAAAAAUAUCAAAAACUUAAAUGGAUUCUACUCCUACUCAUACCCAAAAGCCUCAUGCUCUAUUUGUACCAUUUCCAGCACAGGGUCAUGUGAGUCCCUCAAUGCAGUUAGCCAAACUCUUCCGCUGCAAUGGUUUCCACAUAACCUUUGUCAACACUGAGUUCAACCACAAACGUUUGAUAAAAUCUCUGGGAGAAGAGUUUGUGGAAGGUCUCCCAGAUUUUCAAUUUGAGACCAUACCGGAUGGUUUACCAGAAUCAGAUAAGGAUGCAACACAAGAUAUUCCAAAAUUGCGUGACUCAAUUAGGAAAAAAUGUUAUGGUCCAUUCAAAGAACUUGUGAUUAAGCUCAACACUUCAUCACCAUAUCCAGUUACUUGCAUAAUUGCUGAUGGCACUUUAGGGUUUGCUGGACGAGUAGCAAAAGAAUUAGGCAUUCAAGAGCUACAGUUUUGGACAGCUUCUGCUUGUGGCCUUCUUGGAUAUUUGCAAUAUGAUGAACUUGUAAAAAGAGGAAUUCUUCCAUUCAAAGAUGAAAAUUUUAUUGGGGAUGGCACCUUGGAAAGAAGCUUAGAUUGGAUAUCAGGAAUGAAAGAUAUCAGGUUAAAAGAUCUUCCCAGCUUCAUGAGAGUCACUAAUUUAAAUGAUAUUAUGUUUGAUUCCUUGAGUUCUGAAGCACAAAAUUGUUUGAGGUCAUCAACAAUCAUCAUUAACACAUACGAAGAAUUGGAAGAAGAUUCUCUUCAAGCCCUUAGGGCCAAAAACCCAAAUAUAUAUAGCAUUGGACCAAUUCAUAUGCUUGAUAAGCAUUUUCCUCAUAAUGAAAAUGGUUUUAAAGCAAGUGGGUCAAGUUUUUGGAAAAGUGACUUAGAUUGCCUUAAAUGGUUGCAUAAAUGGGAACCUAACUCAGUACUAUACAUUAAUUUUGGAAGUAUAACGGUGAUGACUGAUCUUCACUUAAAAGAGUUUGCUUGGGGAAUAGCAAAUAGUAAGUUACCAUUUUUAUGGAUAAUGAGGCAAGAUAUAGUAAUGGGUGAAACCGCCACUUUGCCACAAGAGGUUCUAGAAGAGAUUAAAGAUAGAGGCCACAUAACUAAUUGGUGCCUUCAAGAUCAAGUGCUUGGUCACCCAUCAAUUGGAGGGUUCCUAACUCAUUGUGGUUGGAAUUCAACACUUGAGACUAUUUCGUAUGGCGUGCCUACUAUUUGUUGGCCUUCCUUUGGGGAGCAACCAACAAAUUGUAGGUAUUUAUGCAACACUUGGAAAAUAGGGACAGAAAUUAACCAUGACGUGAAAAGGGAAGAGGUGACAAAACUUGUGAUAGAAAUGAUAGAAGGAGAAAAUGGAAGAGAAAUUAGACAAAGGAGCUUAAAGUGGAAGAAGAAAGUUGCAGAAACUACUGAUUUAGGGGGAUCUUCAUACAAUAAUUUCCAUAAGUUAAUCAAAAAGGUUCUUCAUAAUAGUGUUAUUUGAGUGCUAUUAUAAUUGAUAUGCUAUUAUAUAUAUUGUCAUCUACAUAUUUUGAAUUGAUGGUAUAUUGCCUUAGUGUUGGGAGUUAGUGCUUUUUUGCUCACAAUGUUACAAUUCAAUCAUAGUUUCAAAAACAUAUGGUGGUUCAUGUUUUGACUAAGAUUAAUGUAAUUUUAUAACUGUUGUUACUUUAUUUAUCAUUUAUCGUGUUCUGACUA